UCAACAAUCAUGGCUUGAGCACCCUUCACCGUCUACCUCUCAAGACUCUCUCUGCCUUCUUGCAAAGGCAGCAUAUACUAUAGCUCAGUCAAAUAUUCCUGUUCUAGGCCCUCGCAGACAAGAUGGACGAAAUCAGCCCUCUCGCGGAGUUCCUAGGCCAGGUCAUCUACCAUUUUACCCUCAUUAAACCUCUGCUCCCAACUUACGGCCACCUCCUCCUCUCUGCGAUCUUCCCUAUCUAUAUAGGCGCGCAUGCCUCUUUAGCGAAACCCCCGUCAGCCGCAAAGCCACUCAAAAAAACACAAGACUCCGAGUACGACUCGGAUGACGACGAGGCGGAGGAGGAAAACAAGAGCGAUGGCCACAAGAUGGAAGGGCUGGCACCAAGCGAUGCCUUAAUCUUCCCUCUCACAGCCGGGCUCACGCUCGGAGGGCUAUAUCUGUUCAUCAAGUACAAAGGCGCGGAGACGCUGAACAAGAUUCUCGGCUAUUACUUCUCACAGAUGGGGCUGUUCUUUGCAAUAGCCUUCCUGAAAGAUUUCCUCUCGGUUGUCCGAUCCUUCGUCUUUCCCAGAAGAUAUAGCUCUUCCGGCAAAGUGUGGAAGCAGAAGCCAUCCGCAUAUGCUUUUAUCGCCGCCAAACGCGACCCCAACAGUCCUGAACCGGCAGAUGCCCGACCCUCCCCGUUCCCAGGCAUCUUCAGCCGCAUCCCACUGCCGGAUGCUGCACGCACGGGAAUUUGGAAAGCUCGCAGCGCUAUCUACUGGCGAGCCCGACUUCGUGUUCAUGUCCACCGCCUUGUGCGGGGGGAGAUGUGGCUCGAUAUGCUGGAUCUCAUUAGCACCGUGGUGGCCUUGCCGGCGAUCGGCUACUUUACGUUUGUCACCAAGCCGUGGUGGCUGACCAACUUCUUGGGCUUCAGCUUCUGCUACGGGACCUUGCAGUUCAUGUCCCCGACAACGUUCGUGACGGGAUCGCUAAUCUUGGGGUCUUUGUUCUUCUACGAUAUUUACUUCGUCUAUUUCACACCGCUGAUGGUGACCGUCGCCAAGACACUCGACGUACCUAUCAAACUUCUCUUUCCCCGGCCCCCCGUCUCGGGCGAAGCUCCGGAUACAAUCUCAUUGGCUAUGUUGGGACUGGGCGAUAUAAUCAUUCCCGGAAUGAUGGUGGGGCUGGCCCUGCGCUUUGACUUGUACUUCUACUACAAGCGGAAGGGCUUGCAGAAGGCCCGGGUGGAGGGCAACGGGGUGGAGUUCAUUAAGCCGGUCUACCAACCCGCCACGGGCAGCUGGGGAGAGCGGUUCUGGACGUGUGUUGUGGCGCCCAAGAAGCCCGAAUUGCAGCCUCCUUAUCACGACGCCCGAUCUUUUCCCAAGACGUAUUUCAAGGCCAGUGUUGUCGGAUAUUUGGUCGGAAUGGUAGCGACGCUGGUGGUCAUGCAGAUCUUUGAUCACCCUCAGCCCGCUCUGUUGUACCUUGUGCCUGGCGUUCUGAUCUCUUUGUGGGGCACUGCUUUGGUCAGAAACGAGAUUGGCGAGAUGUGGGAAUUCAGCGAGGAGGACGAGGACGAUAAUGAGGAGGAAGAGGAAACCGACAACAAGAAGGAACAAAAUGAGCACCAGGAGAACCAGGGCUUCUUUUCCCGCAUCCUCUCUCUCUACAAGAACACCGACAAUGCACCCCGUGAGACGUCUGCAGAAAAACAUAAGGAGACGGAUGCAGACGAUGAUGACAAGGAGUCAAGCGCGUCAAGCGCCAAGGAAGAGGAGGUCAAAGAUGUCGAGCUAUUUACAGUAUCCCUCUUCUAUCCCCACAAGGCAAAGACACGCAAACAGAAAAGUCCGGCGCUCAGCAGCAAAUCAAGUGCGGCAGACGAGGAGAACUGGUCCGUCGUCGGUGCAGAGGGUGACAGCGAGCCUCCGACCAAACGUCGUCGGCGAAGUCCUCGCCACGCAGAUGCGAAUGGGUCCUGAGGUUGAUAGUAUCUUUGCGGACUACAAGAGUUGCUUGCAUACUAUGCAACAUCUUAGCUAGUGCUUUGUUGACUGAGCAACCUUGCGAUAUUCACCACUCCACUAGCCAUGAGAAACGAAAAGAAACAAAAAGAUCAUAGACAGGAUGACGGGCGAAAUUUGGUAUCAUUUACUGUAACACUUAGCUAUUUACGCGGAGAUGUUAGAACAAAUAAAGAAGAAGAACCUCAGCAC